AUGAAAGAAUCAAAACCGAUGAAAACUCCUUUGGAUGGCAAUAACAAACUCUCGAUAGAAGAUGCACUGAAAACAAACGAAGAAAUCAAUGAAAUGAGAAACGUGCCCUAUCAGUCACUCAUCGGAGCACUGAUAUAUUUAGUGGUAUCAACAAGGCCGGACAUAGCCUACACGAUUAGUGUUCUCAGUCAAUUUAAUGUGAAUCCAGGAAGAAUGCACUGGGUUGCAGCAAAGCGCGUUUUGCGUUAUCUUCGAAGUACCUCAGAUCAUGGAUUGACCUUCAAAAAAACUCAAGAAAAGCUGAUUGGAUUCGUUGACGCCGACUGGGCUAGUGAUAUCGACGGUAGCUUUUCUCACACCGGAGUUGUCUUCAAAUUAGCAGAUGCAGUAGUUACUUGGGAAGCUCAAGAACGCGCUGAACCAACCAUCGUCUAUUGUGAUAAUCAAGGAGCGCAGAAGUUAAUGCGAAAUCCAAUUUAUCAUUCACGCUCGAAGCAUAUUGAUAUAAAAUAUCACUAUGUGAGGGAAGUCUACAAAAAUGGAGACAUUGACGUCAAGUUCUUAGCCAGCAGCAACAUGAUCGCAGAUGUUUUCACCAAGGAACUCUUCGAACCAAGUCACAAAAAGUGCAUCGAAGGAUUUUGA